AUGGAGAAGAAACGAGAGAACUCCGCUGAGACUUUUGUUACAUGGAUAGAAAACCAUAGUGUACUUGAGAAGGCAGCUAUUUUAAGUGGAUUAGUGGUUCUUGUAUCAGUUUUGGUAGGAUGGAUUACCUUAUUUAUUGUGUUCGUAGGAGUACUGCUUCUGGGGGGAUGGGCUGCACAGUCAGUUAUAACGUCGAAUCAAAUUUGGCAAUCUGAUAAAGUACUCGAUCUAUUCAAAGUUUUUGAAAACGGGACUCAAACAAUCCUUAAAAGCGAUGCCACAUAUACAAGCGGUUCAGAGAGAUCGAUAAAUUCAGAGCUGAAACAGUUUGUGCAAAACAUCAUGCAUGAUUUUAUUUUGGCUUGGUAUGUUGAACUCAGUGAUAAUGAUCAAUGUACUUCAGAAUUAUUCAGUCACUUAGAAGAUAUUUCCGUGGAUAUUACAAACAGGCUAUCUAAAGUCAGUCAGCAUGCAAUCGCUGAACAGUGCCUCCGCCAGUUUCAUAAACACUACCAUGAUUAUAACCAAGCAAGGACAAAGCUGGGAAUGUCUUUAUCUCCUGCCAAUCGAGGGUCACAUACAACAAUUUCCAAGCACGAAAUUGUAGAUACUUAUUUUACAGUUACAGAUGAACAUAUCGCUAUUAAGAAUUCUGAUUUUGAAUGCCAGUAUUUACGAAGUAUUGUUAAGACUUUCAUGAAGUUGGUUUUCCCAAAAACUAUGUACGAUUGUAGGGCAGGUAGAAAAAUGCUACAAGAAAUUGUAACUUGUAAGGUCAUUCUUCCCAUUGUGGAUUUAUUAUCGGAUCCAGAUUUUAUUAAUAGAGCAGUUUUUAAAAUACUUUCUGAUGGACCAAAUCCAAAAGUUAAAGAUGAAUUGGACACUAGGAUUUCAACCAAGGGUAAGGAAAAAGACCAAUGUGAAGAAGGUUCAUCAGGGAUUACUCAAGACACAGACUUAAAAGAUAACAGAGACCUACAAUGUAGUUUAACCAUGAAACAACAAAAUUCAAAUGAGUCUUCUGUUGUUGGAGGAGCUACAGAAAUUUCUAUGAUGUGCACUCCUGAACCUAAAAAUGAAGGGAAAAGUUGCAAUGCAUACAUGUAUAAAUUAGGUGUUGGGGAAAUGUCAUUGAAUCUCAGUAACCAUGAAGAUAUGACAGAUGGAACUUUACAAAUGAAGUCACCAACUAGAUCACAUUCUCAUCCAGCAUCUCCUACAAUGACUAAAAUCACAAAUUUUCCCGGUGAAGCAAGAUCAAGUCCAUCCUCACCAACUAGCAGACAUCCACAAAGUCCAGAUUUGUCACCAAUAAGAAAAUCCAAAGUAGCUACUUCCCCAACUUCACAUGGUUUGAAACAUGCAAGUAGUAACUCCUCACUGGAUACCAAUUCACCAUUUGAAGAUAUUGAUGUUGAUACCUUAUUUACAAAUAGUGGCAAGCCAUUAAUGAGAGGACAAACCCUUGAUGAUUCUUUUACAAAACUUCACAAAAGAGUGGAUUCAAUCCAGCAAGCCAUUUAUCACAACUUGUGUUUUCCCGGUUCUGAGAUAGCUACUGAGUACAGAAGCAGUAAAGAGUACACACUCUAUCUCAUACAGUAUGAGACACUACGCAGCGGAAACUCAUCAGAUUCACCCAAGUAUGAUGUACACAUGGUAAAAAGAAGAUAUCGAGAGUUUCUUAAUUUACAUAGUAGAUUAGAAGACAAUGCACAAUUGAAAAAGCAUAUCAAAGAUGUGAAAGAGCCGAGUCGACUAUUUACAUUGCCAGUUGGAAAUAUGAACAAGGAGUAUGUUGAAUACAGAAGACGAUUUCUUGAAGCUUAUAUUUUGGGUUUGUUGGGUAAACCAAUAAUACAUACCAGUACUGAGAUUAGAGAAUUUCUUGCAUAUGAGUGUGAUACUCACAUUGAGUUCGUGAAAAAAGCACCAGAGAUUGUUCCCAGAUUGGACAAGAUAUUGGUGCGAGGAGUCAGUGAUUUCAUUGAUACUCUAAAAACUGCCGUUGUCUCGAAUACUGAAAGUCAAGAGUCCUAUAGAGAGAUUGAUGAGCGUGCAAUGAAUGAAAGUUUGGUGGAAGAAGCUGAGGUUGCCAGUAGAAUGUUUGCCUUCCCACAAGCGCUAUACCAUUCCCCAGUUGAAAAUAUGAUGGCCAUGUAUCAACAUGAAAUUGAUUACAACUCUGAUGAUUGGUAUCCAUGGCAACUUGCUGGAGAUAAAGUAGAUAGUGGUAAAAAUAGUGACAAUCUAGGAUCUUUAUUGGGACCAAGAUCUCAGGGAGAUGGCUGUGAUGUUAGUGAACCAAUGAAGGAAGUUGGUUUGGAGACAUCUGAGAUUCCAUUGGCGAUGCUUACACAGUGUAUAUUAUGUGAAACUUUUCAACAUUGUCACAAUUCAUGGUUAGUGUUAGACAAUAUACAGCAUAUCAUGACCACUAUAACAGGAAAACUGUUCCAUAGGUGGUUAGAGAUACAGGUCAGUGACCUGACAACCCCGACAAAAUGGGCGUUUUAUAUCUCAGAGUUAAGAGAAGCAAUAUGGAGUAAGAAGAAAACCAAGCCGAGAACAAAAGAUGAGAAACAUGAAAUCAAACAACUUGCUCAUCAAAGUCUGUGUGAAUUCUUUCCAAGUUUACUUAAAACCAUAGUAGGCGAGGAUGAGUACAGAUUGUCACUGGAGGAUGCUUUACAAUCAUUACAACAUGAAAGAAUUAACAGGAACUUUUUGUUUAUUAUGCUGGAUAUUGCCAUGGAUAUGAUUGCUCCAGAAAUUAGAACAAUGAAAUUACAGCAUAGUCUACUGGAAAAGAAAUAG